AUGAUAAAUCUUGGGCAAUUCAAUGUUUCAGAAAACAUUCCAAGCACUCUUGGUGAUUGUCUAGUUUUGAAAUUUCUUUACAUGGAGGGUAACCAUUUCGAAGGUACUAUUCCACCAUCUUUCAAACAAUUAAGAGGCGUUCAAGAAAUAGAUCUUUCAAAUAAUAAUUUGUCUGGCAAGAUUCCAGUUUUUCUAGGCAAGUUCUCUUUGCUUCAAUCUCUCAACGUUUCCUACAAUAAGUUUGAGGGUGAAGUUCCAAGCAAAGGAGUGUUUAGCAAUAUCAGUGCAUUCUCAAUUGUGGGAAAUAGCAAGCUUUGUGGAGGAAAUAAAGCAUUGCAAUUGCCUGCAUGUCCCACAAAAAUUUCAAAGAAACAAGGAAAGCAUUUCCAUAAUAUAGUGCUAAGUAUUGCAAUUAGUGUUCCUGUCUGCAUCAUUUUGCUGCUAGCAUGCAUUUGUGCCAAAAUGUAUUGGAACAAAGGGUUGAAAGAGAAAAUUGCUUCAACCUUGUUGCUUGUAAACCAAUAUCCAAAUAUUUAUUAUGCAGAACUUCUUAAGGAAACUGAAGGAUUCUCCUCAAGAAAUUUGAUCGGCGAGGGAAGCUAUGGUUCUGUGUACAAAGGGAUUCUCAAUUGUGAAACUAUAAGAGCAAUUGCUGUCAAGCCGAGCAAUGUUCUUGAUGAUGAUCUCUCCACCAGUGUAAGUGAUUUUGGUUUGGCAAGAAUUUGUCUAACCAAGACAGGUGCAUCCACUCAUAGACACAACAGUGCUUCAAGUAGAAUUAGAGGAACAACUGGAUAUAUUGCUCCGGAAUGGCCAAAUGAAUCAAAUAAGACUAGUGGAAGCAGCAGAGACAACGUUGUUAGGACAGUGAAGUGCUUGGAACGUAUCCUUCAAAUUGGAGUUGUGUGUUUUGCAGAUUUACACAGUGAGAGAGUGAAUAUUAGUGAUGCUCUCAUGGAACUGCAAGUGAUUAGAGAUGUUUAUCUCAGAAAAAGAAAGACGUAA